UUAACACUAAAAUUCGCUUUAGGCAAAGUUAUGUUGAUUACCAUUUUCUAAGGGUGAUGAAGGCACGAAGGUGUGUUUAUUGUACGAAGUUGUGUUGAUUGUGUUGCAUUUUUUCAUCAGAAAAAUGUUAUUAGUUCAACGGAGAUCCUAAGUUUUAAUUUUGGUUGUACAGUGUCGUUAUUUUUUCUGUUAUUUUCCUGUGUAUGCUGCUUCCGAAUCGUAUUUAUAGUAAAACCAUCUCAUAAUUGUAGCGAUGGUUAAUGAGAGGUGUAAUUUAGAAGCGGAAGGAAGUUGUGUGACGGUAUCGCAUUUGUUGCAGCAAAAACCAAGGCCAUGUUAUGAUUUGGCUGAUGGCGUGGAUGAUUGUGAAGAGAAAUUUCCUCGUUUUGGACCUCUUUUGGCAACAAAACUGAGUGGAUUCUGCAACCGAAAACUGUUGUUUAAACGUUUACCAAUUCUUCAUUGGUUACCAAAAUAUGAAAGAAGUUACGUGAUCGAGGACGUCGUAGCUGGACUGUCCGUUGGAUUGACCGUUAUUCCACAGGGUAUCGCAUUUGCUGUUAUGGCCAACCUUGAACCGCAGUACGGAUUGUAUUCAGCGUUUAUGGGUUGUUUUACUUAUUGUGUUUUUGGAAGUUGCAAGGAUCUUACGAUUGGACCAACGGCAAUUAUGGCACUCAUGGUUCAGAUGUAUAUUGCGGGUCUCGGAGCAGAUUUUGUGGUUUUGCUGACCUUUUUAAGUGGUUGUAUUAUCUUCUUGUUGGGCAUACUUAACUUGGGAUUCUUGGUCCAGUUUAUAUCGAUGCCCGUUACAGCUGGGUUUACAUCUGCAGCAGCUAUUACAAUUGCUACCGGACAGCUAAAGGCGUUACUAGGAUUGCCGGGUCGAUCUAAUGAGUUUGUUGGUUCAUGGAUAAAUUUAUUCAAACAUUAUAAUGAAACGAAUACGUGGGAUGCCGCGCUGGGAUUUACAACAAUCAUUGUGUUGCUGGCACUCCGGCAGUUACGCAACGUUCGAGGCAAAUGGUCUGUGGCAGGAAAAUACAUUGCCUUAUCGCGAAAUGCCAUUGUAGUAAUAGGAGGAGCUUCUUUAGCGUACUACUUUGCAUCUUCCCGAAGUGAACCAUUUUCUUUAACCGGAACCGUUACUCCAGGACUACCACCGGUAAAACUACCGCCAUUCAGUACAGUUCUUAAUAACCAGACGCUUACUUUUCCUGAAAUGACCUCCAAGUUGGGAUCGUCGAUAAUAGCGCUGCCACUGAUUGCUAUUCUCGAGACUGUGGCCAUAGUGAAAGCAUUCUCGAAAGGAAAGUCGAUGGACGCAACGCAAGAAAUGAUUGCCCUCGGAUUGUGUAACAUUGUUGGAUCGUUCGUUUCUUCGAUGCCUGUAACCGGAUCAUUUACACGAUCAGCGGUUAACAAUAAUAGCGGCGUUCGCACGCCUUUGGGUGGAAUUGCAACCGGUGUUCUCGUGUUGCUUUCGCUUGGUCUGCUAACCAACACAUUUUAUUACAUCCCUAAGGCUGUCCUAGCCGGUGUGAUGAUUGCCGCAAUGUUCUUCAUGGUAGAGUUCCAUGCUGCCGCAGAAAUUUGGCGAACGAAGAAGAUUGAUAUUAUACCUUUUAUAGUCACGCUGGUUGCUUGCCUCCUGCUUGGUUUAGAGUACGGAAUGGUGAUAGGAAUUGUGUUGAACAUAUGUUUCGUGCUUUACAUGACGUCUCGACCUAGCAUCGAACAGGCGGUGUUUCGUACAAACUCAGGUAUUGAGGCCAUGAUUGUGAAACCGGAUCAAAGCCUUAUCUACUCAUCCGUCGAAUACCUGAAGCACGAAAUAAUAAAGAUGGUGGAUAAGUCUCAAGUGCACGCGGUGGUAAUAGAUGGCACUAACAUUAGUUAUGUCGAUUCCACUGCCGCUAAGAUUCUCUCGAGUACUGUUGAAGAGUUGGCAAUACGACAGUGUGCAGUAUGGCUGUGGAAUUGGAACCGAGCAGUUAAAUGUACGUUAUUACGACUAGAUAGAGAAUUGUUUUACAAAUUAUUUAAAGUCGGGGAUUUGGAAGAGUUGCCUAAGCAAGUGUGUAUCUAGGCAGCAGUGUAGUAAUACAGAACAAAGUUUUGAAGGACAUUUUAGGUGAGUUUAUGAAGUCAUUAAACUUGUGAUUAUGUGAUCGUAUGGAAGUAUUAUAGUUAUGUGUUGGCAGAAAAUGGUCUGUGAAGUAUACGACAGGAAACGGUCGAACGAGUAAAUUUAGAUAGACACAUCCUUUGUUUCGAAUGAAUAAAGCUAAUUACAAUUAUUAUAAUCUUUCCAUAAUGUUUUUAUGUUUAUAUUUCUUCAAGUUUUAUUGACUUGAAACGAAAUAAUGUGUUAAUUUUAAAUUA